AUGGCGUCCUUGACGGUUAGUGCUGAUCUCCUGAGCUUCUCCGAGGAACUGGCUGAUGCUGCCGGGAACGUGAUUCGACAAUACUGGCGCAAGCCGGUUGAGGUGGAAUCAAAGCUGGAGUAUGACCGUCCCGUGGCGGAGAGUCCUGUAACCAUCGCAGAUCGUGAGGCAGAGAAAGCCAUGCGGGACCUCAUCGAGUUAAGGUAUCCCAGCCAUGGGAUCAUCGGCGAGGAGUUCGGCAGUCUCCGGCAAGACGCGGAGUGGGUUUGGGUCCUGGACCCCAUCGAUGGCACCAAGUCCUUCAUCACAGGGAAGCCUCUCUUCGGCACCCUCAUUGCUCUUCUACGCAAUGGGGUGCCUGCGCUGGGCAUCAUUGACCAGUGCGUGCUCGGCGAGCGCUGGCUGGGCGCCAAUGGACGCACCACUCUGAAUGGGAAAGCCUCUAUGGCUGCGAUUGCUAUGCCUACGGACUGGUGGCGGCAGGGUUUGGAGCAGAUCUCGUCGUCGAGGCAGACCUAG